CCUGAAUCGUCUAGUGCUUCAUCUGGUUCAUCAGCUCCAGUUAGCUCAUCUGACUAUUCAUCAAUUGCUUCAAGUUCAGAAUGGUCUAGUGCUUCAUCUGGUUCAUCAGCUCCAGUUAGUUCGUAUGACUAUUCAUCAAUUGCUUCAAGCUCCGAAUGGUAUAGUGCUUCAUCUGGUUCAUCUGACUACUCAUCUAUUGCUUCAAGUUCCGAAUGGUCUAGUGCUUCAUCAGACUACUCCAAAGUUACCACUGUUAAGCCUGGUGAAACUACAGCUUCUCUAGAUUUAUCUAGCUCAUCAGACUAUUCAUCUAUUGGUUCUAGUUCAGAGUGGUCUAGUGUCUCAUCUGGUUCAUCAGCUCCAGUUAGUUCAUCAGACUAUUCAUCAGUUGCUUCAAGUUCAGAAUGGUCUAGUGCUUCAUCUGGUUCAUCAGACUACUCAUCUAUUGCUCCAAGCUCAGAAUGGUCUGGUGCUUCAUCUGGUUCAUCAGCUCCAGUUAGCUCAUCGGACUACUCAUCAAUUGGUUCUAGCUCAGAAUGGUCUAGUGCUUCAUCUGGUUCAUCAGCUCCAGCUAGCUCAUCGGACUACUCAUCAAUUGGUUCUAGCUCAGAAUGGUAUAGUGCUUCAUCUAGUUCCUCAGCUUCAGUUAGUUCAUCUGACUAUUCAUCAAUUGCUUCAAGCUCAGAAUGGUCUAGUGCUUCAUCUGCUUCAUUUAGCUACUCAUCUAUUGCUUCAAGUUCCGAAUGGUCUAGUGUUUUAUCUGGUUCAUCAGCUCCAGUUAGUUCAUCAGACUAUUCAUCAGUUGCUUCAAGUUCAGAAUGGUCUAGUGCUUCAUCUGGUUCAUCAGACUACUUAUCAGUUUCUCCAAGUUCCGAAUGGUCUAGUUUUUCAUCAGAUUACUCCAAAAUUACCACUGUUAAGCCUGGUGAAACUACAGCUUCUCUAGAUUUAUCUAGCUCAUCUGACUAUUCAUCUAUUGGUUCUAGUUCAGAGUGGUCUAGUGUCUCAUCUGGUUCAUCAGCUCCAGUUAGUUCAUAUGACUACUCAUCAGUUGCUUCAAGCUCCGAAUGGUCUAGUGCUUCGUCUGGUUCAUCAGCCCCAGUUAGCUCAUCGGACUACUCAUCUAUUGGUUCUAGCUCAGAAUUGUCUAGUGCUUCAUCUGGUUCCUCAGCUCCAGUUAGUUCAUCUGACUAUUCAUCAAUUGCUUCAAGCUCCGAAUGGUCUAGUGCUUCAUCUAGUUCCUCAGCUCCAGUUAGUUCAUCUGACUAUUCAUCAAUUGCUUCAAGCUCAGAAUGGUCUAGUGCUUCAUCUGCUUCAUUUGGCUACUCAUCUAUUGCUUCAAGUUCCGAAUGGUCUAGUGUCUCAUCUGGUUCAUCAGCUCUAGUUAGUUCAUCAGACUAUUCAUCAGUUGCUUCAAGUUCAGAAUGGUCUAGUGCUUCAUCUGGUUCAUCAGACUACUUAUCAGUUUCUCCAAGUUCCGAAUGGUCUAGUUUUUCAUCAGAUUACUCCAAAAUUACCACUGUUAAGCCUGGUGAAACUACAGCUUCUUUAGAUUUAUCUAGCUCAUUUGACCAUUCAUCUAUUGGUUCUAGUUCAGAGUGGUCUAGUGCUUCAUCUGGUUCAUCAGCUCCAGUUAGUUCAUCAGACUAUUCAUCAGUUGCUUCAAGUUCAGAAUGGUCUAGUGCUUCAUCUGGUUCAUCAGCUCCAGUUAGUUCGUCUGACUAUUCAUCAAUUGCUUCAAGCUCCGAAUGGUAUAGUGCUUCAUCUGGUUCAUUUGACUACUCAUCUAUUGCUUCAAGUUCCGAAUGGCCUAGUCUUUCAUCAGAUUACUCCAAAAUUACCACUGUUAAGCCUGGUGAAACUACAGCUUCUCUAGAUUUAUCUAGCUCAUCUGACUACUCAUCAAUUGCUUCAAGUCCUGAAUCGUCUAGUGCUUCAUCUG